AUGCCUCAAUCUUCUAACAUUAAGGUUUUGAGAGAUGAAGGAGUGCCUCAGUCUUCUGUCUUUACCCUAUUAUCUAGAUAUGCAGAUGUGGCAUUUAUAAAUCAGUCAGUUUUUGCUGAAUAUAUCAAAUUUGUCAAGGAAAUAGGAAUCAAACCUUUCAAGCCUGCAUCUGUUGAAGCACUUGUUAUUGUAACAAAGUUGAGUAAAUCAACCUGGGAGUUGAAGCUGGAUAUCUUUGAGAGAUUCGGCUGGCCCAGGGAUGUCGCUCUCUUGGCAUUCAAUAAGGUUCCAAAUAUCAUGGCUUUGUCAGAGAAAAAAAUCACAAACUCAAUGAAAUUUUAUAUAGAGGAAGUGGGUUUGCAAUUGGAAGACAUAGUUGGGCGCCCGAAUAUUCUUAGAUAUAGCUUGAAGAAGAGGAUUGUUCCUAGAUGUUCAGUAGUAAAAAUUUUGAAGCUGAAGGGUUUCAUUAAGGAUGACGUGUCCAUUCCUCGUUUGAUUACCACCAGCGAGAAAAUUUUUAUGGAAAAUUAUGUGAUUAAAUUUCAGGAAAGUGUUCCUCAGCUACAGAAACUCUAUGUAGGUGAAUUGGGCCUUUACCUGAAGUUUUGGCGUAGGCAGUUUCCUGGAGCGUUAUGA